CUACAUCUGUAGUCAUGUGCACCUUCUGUCCAAUGAACAUAAUGGCUUUUCAUAUCGUGGGCGUUCCCAUUUGCUCCCCUGCUGCCGAGACCUGGGGCUAACGUGCAGCGCCGUCCAUUAGCAGUAACGACAUCACGAGACGGACUGCAACAUUGUCAUCUGCUGCAGAGAAGCCCUUUUCUGAGUACUGCCAUUCACCGGAUAAAGGAGUCACCACGGCCUCCAGAAUAAUAAUGCCUCCCCCAAUGCGCCAUCGCUCCAUGCGGGUCUUCAUGAAUGAUGACCGCCAUGUCAUGGCCAAACACUCAGUCAUCUACCCUACUCAGGAGGAACUUGAAAGUGUUCAAAACAUGGUAUCCCACACAGAGCGGGCCCUCAAGGCUGUCUCUGACUGGCUGGAUAAACAGGAGAAGGGAACCUCGAAGUCUGAUUCUGAUGGUACAGACACUGAUAAGGAAAGUGAGCACAAAGAUCAGGCCACCCGCUCUCUGCGUGGUGUAAUGAGGGUGGGUCUGGUUGCCAAGGGCCUGCUACUGAAGGGGGACCUGGACUUGGAGCUGGUGCUCCUCUGUAAAGAAAAACCUACCAUCAGUCUGCUGAAGAAAGUGUCAGAAAACCUUGUUACACAGCUCAAGGCUACAGAAGACAAAUAUGUUGUCACCCAGCACAUCCGCGAGGCCAGUAUUGUUAUCAAGAACACCAAGGAGCCUCCUCUCACCCUCACCAUUCACCUGACAUCCCCUCUGGUCCGUGAGGAGAUAGAGAGGGCUGCUACUGGAGACUCGCUUUCAGUCAACGAUCCCCCGGAUGUUCUGGACAGGCAGAAAUGCCUAACUGCCUUGGCGUCUCUCCGCCACGCUAAGUGGUUCCAGGCCAGGGCCAACGGGCUGCGCUCCUGUGUCAUCGUAAUCCGGAUCCUAAGGGACCUGUGUGCCCGCGUCCCCACAUGGGCCCCGCUUCGUGGCUGGCCACUGGAGCUGAUCUGUGAGAAAGCCAUUGGCACAGGGAACCGGCCCAUGGGGGCAGGAGAAGCUCUACGGAGAGUUUUGGAGUGUCUAGCUUCAGGAAUCCUCAUGUCAGAUGGUGCUGGAAUCUCUGAUCCAUGUGAAAAAGAGGCCACAGAUGCUAUUGGUCACUUGGAUCACCAGCAGAGAGAAGACAUCACAGCGAGUGCACAACAUGCCUUAAGGCUGUCAGCUUUUGGACAGCUUCACAAAGUGCUUGGGAUGGAUCCCCUCCCCUCUAAGAUGCCCAAAAAACCUCGUAGUGAGACACCUAUUGAUUACACAGUGCAAAUCCCACCUAGUACAGCAUACGCCCCACCAAUGAAAAGGCCCAUUGAGGAAGAGGAGGGAAUGGAUGACAAGAGCCCAAAUAAAAAGAAGAAAAAACUUCAGAAGAAAUCUCCAGAGGAGAAGGCUGAGCCUCCCCAGGCGAUGAAUGCUCUUAUGAGGCUCAAUCAGCUGAAGCCAGGUCUCCAGUACAAACUGAUAUCUCAGACUGGCCCAGUUCAUGUUCCGGUCUUCACUAUGGCCGUUGAAGUGGAUGGCACAACCUUUGAGGCUUCUGGCCCAUCCAAACGCACUGCCAAGCUGCAUGUAGCUGUCAAGGUACUUCAAGACAUGGGCCUGCCCACAGGAGUGGAACUAAAGACUGUAAAAUUAGAGGAAGCUGUAAAAUCAGAGGAGGCGGUCGUAGCUGCCGCUGUUGAAGAACUGAAGCCAACAGUUGCAACCAUUGAAACUACCACUGCUGCCACAGGAGCAGUCAAUGCAGACACCAGUGAUGCUGCAGAGACUGCUCGCCAACAGGGACCAAUCCUAACCAAACAUGGCAAGAACCCUGUGAUGGAGCUGAACGAGAAGCGCCGCGGCCUGAAGUACGAGCUCAUCUCUGAGACUGGAGGCAGCCACGACAAACGCUUUGUCAUGGAGGUGGAGAUCGAUGGUCAGAAGUUUCAGGGGACGGGAUCCAAUAAGAAGGUGGCCAAGGCUUAUGCUGCUCUGGCUGCUCUGGAGUGGCUCUUCCGUGAAGGAGCUGUGGCCGAGGCCACUAAAAAGAAAAAGGGACCACCAAUGCACACUCCAGGCUUCGGCAUGAUGGGAACUGCUGGAGUCGGGGACGCAAUUUCGCCCAGAGGCAGAGGGAGAGGAGGCCGAGGUCGUGGAAGGGGCAGGGGCUUCAAUAAUGGAGGGGGCUACGGCCAAGGAGGUGGCUUUGGAACAUAUGGUUACGGGAACAGUGCUAACUCUGGAUACAAUUACUACAACAAUGGUGGUACAAACGGAGGAGCUGGGGCGACAGGCAGCCCAUCAGGUGGCCCACCAGCCAGCACAGCACCAGGAUCAGCACAGGGCUCCUAUGGCACAUACUACCAGAAUGAAGGAGCUUACACUGCCACAUCUGCUGCCAAAACUCCCAAAAAGAAACCCCCCAUGCACAAAGGAGGGAAGCCACCGUUUCCAGGUCCCCCAGGUGCAAACACUGGAACUGCAGGGGGGUACCAGUCCAGCAGCCCUUCAGGGCAAGGGCCCUAUAACCAAUAUGGCCAGGGUUAUGGGCAGGGAAAGAAGAGUUUCAACCAGAACCAGGGGGGCACGGGCGGAUACUCAUACAGCACUGCUUACCCGAGCCAGGUGACGGGGGGCGCAGGAGGUAGCCAAGACUACAGUUAUGAAGGUUUCAACAACCAGUCCAACUACAACUCACAGGGUGGAAGUGGCAACCAGGGCUUUGGCGCCAACCACUCUCAGUACCACAACCCAGUGGGCUACGGCAGGGGGGACAGCAGCAUGAAUUACCAGUACCGAUAGACUGUGUUACUCCGUCUGUGAAUCAUUGGCACCAAGCUCCCUGCAUCAGUGUCUCAAGCCAAAGAAAGUGAUAGACGGCUUGGCUGUGCUCUCUGCCUUUUCCAUGUUUGCUUCUUAUGUGCUUUUGGGUUUCUAUGUUGCACAUGUGGGCACAAAUUGAGAUGUCUGGACUUUGUAAGUGUCAGAGCUGAGUAUAUGGCUGAAUUUAGUGGUCUGUUCAGUGGUCUGGUCGGUGCUUAGACUUGUGUUUUUUAGGUUCUCAUUUUAUUUUAUUAUUUUUUUUAAUCUCUGCUACCAGUCCUCUUCCUCAUCACUAAAUAUGAAGGCUGAUGUUACAAGUUACUCACUCAUUAGCUCUGACUUGAUUUCCUUUCUUAUAAAGAGUGAGUUGUGUGGUGACAGCAUUUCUUUCUCAUGUGAAACUAGUAAAUCUUGUAGUUGGAACUACAAAGGUUGUUUUUGUAACAAUUCAAUAGACCAGAAUAUCUUUUUCUUUUCUGCUUUGCUUGUAAUUUUGGCUUAUUUUGUAAUAGUGUAAUAGUUAUUUUAAUAAAUGGUUUUUGAGAUUACUGGAAAAUGUUUACUUCCUCAUGUCGUAUCCACAUUUCUGCUCACUGUAGCUUUUCGGAUGGGUGGGAUUUGUUCCUGUUAAGGUAGAACAAACUGUUUGUAUGAAUAAAUUAUUUUUUAUUUGAAA